AUGACCAGUUCUAGAAAAUCAAGUUACUUAACUGAUCUUGACGUCGGGAAUGUCGUUGCGAUUCGGACGCCAUACAAAGAGGGGGAUGUCCUUCAUUGGACUCUCGGCAGCGUCGAAUCGUUCUUGCUGAAUACCGACGUUGAGGUACGCUUAUGGAGAAAGCAAAGGGAGGUUUUGGAUGAGAACGACAUUCCCAAUACUGCUGAGGCUCAGGAGCUCAUGGAGCGUCUCAAAGACGCGAGACGCGAGACUCAAAAGCACAUCAAGACGACGGAUACUCUUAUAAAACAACUGCGCGGGUGCCGUACGGAGCUGAUGAGCCGAUUUGAGGUGGUGGAUAAGCUUGUGUUGAAGUCUAAGGUCGCGGUGCGUGCCACUCGCAAAGACGUUGAAAAAAUUCGGGAUUUCAGCUGGAACGAGUUGAAAUCAUACAGGAAUCCUCCCAAGGCGGUGCUUCUGGUAGUUCGUGCUGUGAUGCUCCUACUGUCAGAGGAUGAGGCCCAAACAUGGCCCCAGAUGAGGCGUGUUCUACAGGACUCUAGUUUCAGGCACCGCAUUCUUAACUACGAUCCUGAGCGGCAGCUCUCGCCGAAUCGCUCCAAUUAUAUUCUGCAGGAGUGCAUAGGCAGAAAGGAUUUCAGUUACGAGGGUGUCUUGCAAGGCAGCGUUGCGCUGAGCCCCAUCUACUACUGGAUAUUGGCGCAGUUGGAUUUCCGAGAGGCAAUAUCUCAAAAGAUCAGCAUCGAGAAGGCCAAUCAGGACCGACAGGAGGAAUAUCUGGCCCUGCUGAAUGAGCUCAGCCAGGAGGAGGCUCGCAUUGCUGAGUUCCAGGCGAUCGAGGAGGAACUAGAUCGCCAGCUGCGGUUUUGUUGCGCGCAGGCCACAGCAUCCAACCCUGAUGACGCAAGCACCCGUCGCCACUCGAGCGAUGAAAUUGCCAACGACAGCUACGAAAACAGUUUUGCCGGGAGGGCGAGGCGCGCGUACCUGCGGCCUGCCUUCUAUCGGUGGGAGCCGACGGACCGUGUGACCUUUAUCAUGUGGGGGAAUCUCCUCAUCGAUUUUGGUACCACCCCCCUGAAUGGGGAGUCCGACAGGGGCUGCCUCCUUCAGGAAUCUCAGAUCCGCGCGCUGGAGAAUGCCCUCACGAAGGGCUUGCCCAGCUCCACAAUGCUGGACAACAACCCACUGCUCGAGCCGAAGCCGAAAUCGACCUUGCCCCCACCCUCCCGCUCGGAUGUCACGGAUCGCUUUAACUGCCGGGUUAAGGGCAACCGAUGGAAGAAUGUGCUCGCCCGUCGGCGUAGCGAGAUUGAGCAGGCCUUCCGCGAGGACACCGCGAGCUGUCUGGGGAUCCCGGCUGAGUGUAUCACUGUCGUUGACCUCCGGCUUGGGAGCCUUGUCGCGGACCUUGACAUCACGCACGACGAAUCCCGCAAGCGUAGUGAGAUCCAACAGCGCUUGAGCGCCUUUAACUUCCCGACGGUGAUGAAGAUUUAUGAGGAUGAGGAUGAGACUACGAACGUCACUCCAGGGACAUCGAGCGCUGGUAGGACCGAGGACGACCUCCCGAGGCAUCAGGUGAAGUUAGCUGGUAAGCUCUGGGGCGAGUUGCUUCACAAGUAUCCCACUCCUCUCAUGAGCAGCCUCAUCAGGGAUAUCAGUGAGGCUGUUGCAGUCGAGCAAGUCAAAGUCAAAAUUGUUGACAUCCACGCCAAUGAGAAAGAGUUCCUCACAGUGCGUUACACCGUUUCAGAUCAUAUUAUCGACGUCGCGGAAGUGGAUCGUGUGUGCGAGGCGUAUGCAUUUCCCCACACCUGGGCACUAUACCGUCGACAUACAGGCCUAAGAGGAGGGGUGCCUGUUGUUUUGCCACCUCAUGAGACGCCCCUGAGAUUAAAUGAGAGCAAGCGCACCAACCCAACGCUUUAUUCACAGGAUGCUUCCAUUCAGAUGGAGAAACAAAGCAAGAAAGACCUGACCAAUUCUUUGGAAGAACCUGAGGAGUCUUUGACAUUAAAUAACGACAAGAUCAUUGCAGAGGAUGCCGUGCAUCGCCAGUUCUCAGACGAUAGACCACUUUACCCUCUCAUGUCUCACAAUGAUAGUGAAGUUAUAUAUAUGAAGACUUUUGAAGGCAAUUACUGGAGUGCUGCUUUGAACACUGCACGCCAGCCUCUUAUUGAGGCUUUCUGCACCGAUACUGCGGAGGCGCUUGGUAUACUUGCGCGAGAAAUUAAGAUCCAUGAAUUUACUCACACACCGGCUCGAUUAGAGACGCGGUUUAGCGUCCCUUCGAGCGUCACUUCUCCUAGGACUGUGUGGUCUAAGGUUGAUGCAUUUGAGUACCCGGAAGUGUGGUCGUUAUAUAACCAGAUCGUAUAUAAUCAGAAGACCCCUGUUGGUCACUUUAAGCAAGUUUUCAACGGCGAAGAUUGGACUUUCAUGCUCUUGAAUAAGAAAAAAGAGCUUCAGGAGGCCUUUGUCCGAGACAUUUGCGUAGCCAUGGGAUCUUCACCUGAGGAUGUAUCUGUUAAGAAUAUCACGACUGACAGGUAUUGCGCAGUGAUUCACUACAAAGUAAGAUCGGAAGGCGAUUUCGCCCAUGAUGUCGACUACGUACUCCACGAUUAUCCCUUUCCCAAUGUCUGGACAUUGUACAACAACCGAAAGAAGAGUAUUUCGCAAGUGGCCGACGUGCACAAGAUCACUGCCGCACCGAAGGAGUACGGUAACCUUACUCAAUUAUUCGAGGGGUACGCGUGGGGAGAGAUCUUGAGGGACCAUCGGCCCAGUGUCGAGGCCGCGUUUAAGAUGGAUCAGGCUGAUUGCUUAAGUGCUCAACCGGAGAACAUUCUCAUUCGAUCCGUUGAGGUGACUCCCGAUGGUCUUACUAUAGUUUACGGCCUUCAAGGCGUGCCCCAUACACAGCUUGAGGUUGAGAAGAAGUCGGGGACCUAUCACUACCCCGAGAUAUGGGCUCUCUAUGAAGCUUCGUGGGGCGUAACACAUCACCGGGUGGUAUUUGAAGGCGAGCACUGGGGGAGUGCUCUGGAGGGUCGUGAACCGCAGUUCGAGGCAGUGUUUGCCGCCUGCACUGCUGAACUUUUCCACUUGAAGACACACUAUGUGCGGAAUGUAGAGUUUUCCAUUGGCAGCCUUAUUGUGGAGUUCGAUUUGAAUCACCUACGUUCGCUAACUCGAGAGGAGAUUGAUCGGAGGCUUAUGGAGUGCCGGUAUGAUCCGAUAUGGGAAAUGUACCGAGAGCGGGUAUCCGGAUUAAGAGAGCAACCAGUGGCCACCACCCAUACAUUGAGUUUCGAGGGUGAACAUUGGGGUGAAGUUUUAGAAGAUCAAGGUCUGAGGCUGCAUGAGGCAGUUCACCUAGACGCCUCGGAGGCCUUGGGUCUCCCCAUGGAGAACAUAAAAGAUGUGCAGAUGAACGCAACAAACUCCAUACUGAAUGCGCAGUUAACAGCACACCACACGUCAUCGCAAACAGAAGAUGACAUUAAGCAUGCACUUUCUUUGUGGGGAUAUGAGCGCGUCUGGAGGCUGUACAUGAUGGCCUUUCCAAAUCCCACGGAGCAGUUGCCUCCAGCACUACCCCCUGGCCCUUUCAGUACUGAGCACUUGCAAACAUUGUCAUCACCAAAACCACCGAUGGAUGAAUCCCAAAGUGCCGUUUUCCUCAACGGGAUGGGCGUUGGGCAAGCGGCUUACGUCAGAGGGGGGACACAAUAUGUGCGCUCUGCAAGCAAUUUGCAAGGAAAUGGCAUCCGGCGUGAUCUAGUGCGGGAUUCGUUAAUAGAAUCGGAGAAGCAAUACCGCAAUGGUCCCUCCGUUAAGCUUCAGCCGUAUCUUGAGGACAAUACGAAUAGGGAAGGCCUUGCAACGGCUAUAGAUAGAAGUUUUGGACCGAGAAAUGGCGUAGCCGUUGGCGUUACGCAGAAUGGCUUCAGCUCUGCCGUGUGCGAUGGGCACAAUCCUGACGGGCUAGUACGUUGCUUUGAGGGUGAAAAUUGGAAUAUCUGGCUGGACGAAUCACCGUCAAAUGGUCAAAAUACACUGUUCGUCGAUUUCACUGUUACUUUUCAAGGCAAGGGAUGGGACUACGUCAUCAGGAAUCGAUAUUCUCUUCUCAAGGGUGCCUUCUGCGAGGAGGUCUCCCGCGCUCUUGGUAGUGUCGCGAAGAAUGCCAUCUGCGAGACAGACUUUACCAUUGAUAAGGGCCAGCAGAUGAUCGCUCGGUUCCGACUCCCAAAGGCUGCUGUGGCUGGCAUUAGCGAACCGGAUGUUCGCAUCCGGUUGGAUACCUACCCCUACCGCAAGGUUUGGUCUCUGUAUGAUGAGCCCACUAUGACAGAGGCAUCAGUGAGCGAGGGCAAUGCUCUGAUGCCAACUUAUAUCGUGUCGCCGUACAGUGUCGGUUUUGAGGCUUCAAACUGGGAAUUAAUCGACUGGCUGAGACACGACGAGAUUGUGGAUGCAUUUAAACAGGAUACCGCCCGAGCCGUCUGUCUCCACGUGGCUGAUGUGGAUGUCGACGAGCUUAGCCUGCACCCCAAUCUGUUGCAUCUUCGGUUUCGAUUGCGGCAUAGUGCAGGGGUCAGCUCAGCCGAGCUGAAGGAGAGGAUGAUCCAACACGACUACGCGGGGGUCUGGAAGCUCUAUGAAGAGGUCCCUGAAGGAGGGGUGGAAUCCAGGGUGCUUGUGAAGGUCUUUGAGGGGGAUCAAUGGGGUCCGAUUGUAUCCUCCAGCAGGGUCUCAUUAGCAGGGGCUUUUUGCACGGGCAUCAGUCGCUGCCUGAAGAUACCACGCGCCUGUGUUACGGUGGUGAGUCUCACCGUGGGGAGCUUGGUGGUGGAAUACACGGUGCGCAGCACUUUAAGUGACGCCGUUAUACAGGAACGUACUGCGGCGUAUUCACAUCCGGAGGUGUGGUCUUUUUAUGAACAUUCACGCGUUGGGAAUCCAGUGAGUCUGGAUUUGGGUUUGACGGCCUCUCCAAAAGCUUUACAGCGAACAUUUAAAGGGAAUAACUGGGGCCUGUUACUGUGCCGGAGGUGUAAUACGCUGCAGGAUCUCUUUGUACAGCAAGCUUCCCACAUUCUUGAGGUCCCUAGCAGUCAAAUCCAUGUCACCUCACUCCACUUUGCUGCCGGUAAUCUGGUGGUGAGCUAUUGUGCGAGUCUAACCAACACUUCCCAAAGUGCCGCUGAAAAGCUCGUAGGACGGGCAGAAUUCUCCGAGUUAUGGCGGUUGUAUAACCUUCAUGACUACGAGAAAUUUGAAAAGACUCGGCAUGAAGUCCAAUUAAAGGGCAAAAAUUGGAUUGUUCUGUUAGAGUCUAAUUUUCAACUCCUUAUGAACAUCUUCGCUUUAUGCACGAUCAGGAGGUUAGAUCUCGAGAGGCAGAGUAUUUACAACCUCGGAGUGGAGCUGAAAUGCCGGAACAACAGCCUGGCAUUCUCCUUUACACUAUGGCACCCAGCGACGUUGACGGCGUGGAGGAUCAAUCGCACACUGAAGAGUUCCAUCUACAAUGAGGCCCAGGAGUUGCAGCAAUGCAACCUUGACGAUCGUGUUAAGUCAGCUCUUUCGGUUCUUUUUACUGGGCCCUUCUGGCGGAAUACCCCUGGCGCAAAGUGGCCCGUGUUGCGCCAAGCCUUCGCACAGGACGUGGCUAAUGCUUUGGGGAUGCCACGUACAGACGUGACGGAGACGCAUAUGGUAAGAGAGCAGGGUGGGAUUCAUUUUUCCGUACACGUGGUGCACUCCCCAGUGUUAAGCGAGAAGUUCCUACAGGACGUGCUCGACCGCAAUGACUUUCCUAACGUGUACUCUAUCCAAGCCAUGUGUCCUCCCUCCAGCCAUACGAACUACACCGCUUCAAUACAUCGGGUCGAUUUUGAGGCUGAUCAAUGGCCAGAGGUGAUGAAAUGCCGUCGUGAGCAGAUCUCUAACGCCCUUCGCAUUGAUGUCGCAGCAGCGCUAAGUGUCACACUGAACGACGUCGAUAUCUUGUCCAUGGACACAAUCGAAAGCAGAUUGAAUUGUGCUGCUAGUGUUAUCCAUCCCGAGACACAGACAGCGGACGAAAUUCAGGGCAGGAUGAACGAGUAUUCUUACAACCACGUUUGGGCGCUAUACGAAGAUGCGGUGCAGCCAUACGUGGAUGUCCUCAAGACUCGUUAUGUGAAUUCAACCCCAGUGCCACAGGUGAGGUAUAUGGGGGAUGAAAUGCCCUCGCAGGAUUUUGUCCAUCGCGUUCACAAUGCCUUCAUCGAGGACACUGCUUGCGCGUUGAAGUGCAACCCAAGCGAAAUUGUCGUAGAUGGUAUUCAGCUUGGAAAACUAAUAGUCCAUUACCACGUCGCCGGGUGUGAGAAGCCUAGGGAGGCUGCUGUUCUUGCGGCAAAUUGCCAGUAUCCUAAUUUAGGUGCCUUGCUAAGAUCCAGUGGGACCCCAGUUCUCAACGCCCCACAAAUAGAUACGUCCAAUUAG